GGCGUCAUUGCCAUUAGAAGAAUGUGUGUGUGUGUGUAUAUGUGUGGAUUCGGCUAAAAAAUAAUGCGAAAACAAACCUGCUUCAUGCCCCGCCGCCACCGCCGCCUCGCAUACGCUUUGUUCUUUUAACGCUGCGGUUGAGAGUGUGCUAAGGGGCUUGCGCAUCACAUCCACAACACUCCCCGGGAACAUACUCUCAAAGAAAAGGCCAAAUUCAAACAAGAAAAGGCUUGUUUUCGGGAUUAUUUGAACGUGUAUCGAUUUUUGAUAGUCGUAGCUGUGUUUUAGUUUGUUCAGUUUGUACAGUUUGUCUAGUAAGCGUUUAAUUCUUUUCCUAUUCGUGAUGUAUAGAUAAUAGAAAAAUCUAUUUGAGAAUAGUGUGUUGUAUGCUUUGUUACGUAUAUUUGGAGUUUCCAAAAUAUGGGUAGGUUAGUUAGUUUCGGCAUGACGUUGACUUCUGGUAAAUACCAUAACAGUGGAUUCUGGAUGUGAUAUAAAUCUGUCAAAAUUUUAUUUUUUUUCAUAAAAAUAUGACUGCUAAGCGUUCAAUUUUCUGAAAUACCUGAAAAUCAAAAAUGAAAGUUGAAAAUGAGGUUAGUAAAUGAUUACACGUAGUGUGUCAGAGUUACUAUGACGUAGUCGUAUCUGUACAAGUAUAUAUUUUUUGCAUUUAGAUGUUCGUUAUCUUCAACGACAUUAUUUUAAUUUUUCGUAAUGAAAUUCAUUCUGUGGUCAAUGUAAUGGGUACGAACGACGGUCCCAAGUCCAAGCCGGCUGCCCCCAGGUAUGGGCAAAAUCGCAUCGAAAUUCGUUCAACAACACUCAUUCACAGAUAAAACUCACCCUUCUAUUCUCCGUUUAUGCCUCACUUUAUUUGAGACAGAAAACAUUCACCUAUUCUCUUCGCAAAGCUCGUUCUCGAUUAGAACGGAAAAAUACUGUCUCGAUUCCGCUCAUCUAUUCUCAGAAUUUUUUGCAUUCCCUCAUUUGCCUUUCGGAAUGAUGGUGAUAGAAUCAAACACUGAAAACUUUUGCUUGAGCCAGCGAGAGUCUCUGUAAAAUCAUUCGUUUUCACUCAAAUAGCAAUCAUUGAGCCUCGAUCGCGGCAGUAAAAUAUAGGUAGAUAGUUGAAAUCGAGUUGUUUCCUGUGCACUAUUGCAAUGACAUUUUUUUGUUUCUAGUAUGAAGCUAAGUCAUAACGAUUUAAGCCAACGCAAAAGACCAUAUUAACGCAAGUUAUUGAUGAGCGGGAAGGUGGAUUUCAUGUGCACUUGAAUGCUGACAAGGAAAAGAGUUCAAGGGAAAUAAAAUCAUACAUACACGCAGAUUCAAUUUAUUUUGACUCACUUGUUAUUUUGUUUCGUGCGAUCCUUCCGAAGGAAUAUUCAUUCAUUGAAUGUUGUUUUCCACUCUUCGUUUUGUUAUGUUUUCUAUCAGUCCAGAAUGAAGAUGGUCGGGGAGUGUAAAAUGAUUCAUCGUGCAAUCUCACGAUUGUUUGCUGCGUUCUUUUUGUCAUGAUUGUUCCAAGCAGAUACAAGAGUGAUUUAUAUUCAGGUGUGGAGAAAUGAGCGAAUGAACUUUUCCAUACUUGGCUGCCCCUGGCGUCGGAAGCGGUGACCUCUCGCAAGUAAACCUGUGUUCCACUGAUUGCCCGGCUAGUUUGAAACAUAGGAAACGAUCCUUUAGCAAGGUCGGACGGCAUACAUUUGCCUGUAUCAUGUUCUGAAGGAAUUUUCGUACUCAUUUGAUACUUUGUUUUGGACAUUUAGCUUUUCUAGGAAAUGUGAGUUUUAUGAAAAUAUUGCGCUUUUUUAAUGAGGCAUGAGGUUUCCAGUAAGGUUUUGUGACAUUAGGUUUCGUACACAAAUUACGUAACGCGAGAAGGAGGAAGGAAGGUGCUAUCAUAAUCGUUGCGUAACAAAAUUCUUGAGCUAGCUUCGAUUUUUGGACCGAAUGAAGGGUGUUCCCUGAGCCAGGAUGAUAAAGCAUGUGUUGUAAUGGACCUAACAGCAGCUAGUAAGCAGGCUCCGAUCAAUGCAUCUCGAAAACCGCGUGAUUCUGCUGGAUCAUUAUUUUGUCGUGGCUGCUAAACAUAAGCUAAUUCCGUCUGUGAUCGCAGGAUGCAAAAUAAAGCUAGAGAAUCUUGGUCAUGCUGAAGCAGUUCAAUACAUAUCCAAUAUGGUCCAAUGUUCGUUGCAGUUCGUUCGGGAAGGCACUGUUCUUCUAACGCAUUUUCUCAUGGGCUUGAUUUUAAAGGGAUGUGCGGGCUGUCUGAAUUCGAGGUUAUUCAGCAUUAUGAAAUAAUAAACCCAGUUCAUAAUUCAUAACUAAUGUUGAUAGAGGACCAGACGGGAACCCUCGUUUUAAAAAGGGGAUAUAUAUUUUCAAUUGAAUCUCAAUAUAAUAUUCGUUGCUACAAAUGCUCAGAGAAAAAAAGUUAAAAAAAGAGUUAAACGUCGGAUGGCUCCUCUUUUCCGGGAGUAACCAGAUCUCACUUGGAUGAAAACUCGAGAUAAGGGACCCGGAACUGGAAAUUAAACAUUUUGAGUAAGCGGAAAUCGUUAGCUGUUGUGUGGAAAAACCUAGCGAUUCUGUCAAAGCAGAAUAUAUUGAGUCCGUAAACUCCUAAAAUCGAUGAAGCGGAAUUAGUAGAAUAUUUAACUGUGUGGUUUGCUCGUCACAUAAGGACAUCCCAGUUUUGCAAGUAAUGAAAUGUAACUACAGGAGCUGCUGUAUUGACCCAAAAGUAAUUACUUUUGUAUAAAUCUACAUCAAUUUAUACUAGCUCGUGUUCCUCUCAGCUAAGGCCAGAUGGUUUGAAAGCACCAUUGAUUUUUCGUCUCUGUUUAUUCGAAAUUCUAUGAACUUGUCGAAAGUCCUUCUGAAGUCACUUUCGUAUGAACAUUUGAGUCUGGAAGAUGUCUGAUUUUUUACGUUGAUAUUUUCAUUACUUACCACGUUCACGCUGGCACGUAACACAGGUGGUCUGCACUCGAGAUGAAGAAUAGAAGGUGCGAAAAUUCACGGGGUUUGGUUGUGUUGAACUUUGAUUGUGUUAGUAGCCAGUUCACAUACCAGGCAUACCAGUCAGUUACUCAAAUGGUACAAAAUUUAAUGUGAACGAAUAACGUCGAAAGAGGAUAUACAGAAGCUUAUUACAGAUUUCCAAAUCAUAUUUUUCGCAUUAUGAAAAAAAAACAGAACAUAUCAUGAACUAAAAUGUUUAAUUUUUUCUUUGAUUUCAGAAAUAGUAUUCUAAUGUCUAAUAUGUUUGGAUUCUAGAGCAACUUCAUGGAAGUUUGAUUUUUGUCAGAAAUUGUAAUUACUUUUUUCACAAUUAGAGAGCUGAAAACUUCGUCGUCUAAAACUAAGACGCAAGCGGAAAACUUUUCGUCUCAAGUCAUACGGAGUCAAUUAAAUUUAUUUUUCAAGUUUAUCUUACAUGAAAAAACUUGCAACCUUUUUUCCCAUGUACUGUCAAAUGUCAAAAGAACAAAAGAUUGUGUGACUCUGACUUUGUUCGUUUACGUUUUUGAUCGACGUAACGAGAAGUAAAAUUGUAUUGAAAUUAAGUUUAGAACACUUCAAAAAUACUGAAAUUUCCGUUUCUGUUAAAAUGUCGGGCCCUUAUGAUUUUGAACGCUAGCAUUGAUAUAGGAAAAAAAACUAGUACGUUCAUUUCACUUGCUUAUUUUUACUUUUAAUAACAACACUUUUCCUAAGUAGUGGACUAUUAUAAAAAAGUAACAUACAUCAACGAAAUCUGUGACGUCAGAGAUUUGAAAAAUCUUCCCACCUUUCAUUUUCCAUCUCGGUUUGCACUAGACUGCCUCAUCGUUAUUCUGUCAUGAUUCGUUAUAUAUAACAACAAACGAAUGCCACUGGGGGAAAUGACUUCUGUAAGGUCAUAUAACGAAAGUGAAUUAUUCGAAAAAACGUUCAAGGCAUUAAGCGUAGCCGCCAGUGGGCGAGGAGCAUGAAUUACAGGGCCGUCAUGAACGUGUUAAUAAAAGCUAAAAUAUUAUAAUUUUUUUCCAAACGAUUUUGAUUUUUUGCAAAGAUUAUAUUAACGUUACGUAAUUUAAGGGGAUAUUCUAGACACGCGUUUCCGACGUUUUCUCGAGCUCCAUAAGAAUAUCGAGCUCUAUAAGAAUUAUUAUUUGUUCUUCUAUCUUUUAACAAUAAAACAAAAAUUGAACAGAGAAAAAACAUUCAUAACUGGAAUUGUUAAGAGCUGAUGAAGUGAGAGAAUUAAAAAAAGUUGUGUCAUGGCGUACACGAUUCGAACAGAUUCUGAAUCAGUAAAGUGCCGCUAUCGCAUGAACCUCGGACAAGUCAAAAACAUCUUUUGGCGGUAUUCAGAGGUGGCCGUUUGAAAAACAAAAUGCGGCUUAAAACGUUUUUUCUUACGUUCCCCGAUUUUUUUAAAAUAGUAAAAUUUAAAAUAUGUUAUGUUUUGGAGGUUCGUGCGAUAGAGAGAUGCCUGCAGAUUGUACCCAUAUAAAUUUUACAUAAAUCGGUUCAGUAGAACUUGAGAUAUCGUGUACGCCAGUUUGAAAAAAUUGGUUCGAGAAAAACGCGUUUGAAGUUCAUUGUUAUGGCCGUACCAGGUUGAAUACCGCAUCACUAAAAUGGCUCUAACUCGAUAAAUAGUAGAAUUAACGAGUAUAUAAGUCCUCUCUAGGGAAUAUUCUUGUAUGCCUAAACAACAGAAAUAUGAAAGAAAAAAAAUUUGAUUUUUUUCAAAUUUCUAGACUAGAAUACUCCCUUAAUAGGGAGGAUGGUUUGUCUUGCGUUACUUAUUGUUACAUAGGUUACAUUGUGUACCUCGCCAAACACGUUUUUCUCUGCUCUGAUCUGUUGCUAUUAUUUCCUUUGCUAUUUUUUUUCCCGGAAACCAAUUACACAAUGUCGCCUUUUCGAUUUGAGAGUGUUCUUCCCUUUCACUGUUUCGUUGGUCCGUACUGAACAGCGGAGACAGUUGAUAUGCGGCUUCCAAUUGUUGUGUUAUUGAUAGCACAAAUAGUCCGAUGUUUCAUGCUGCAAGCAUCAGAACAUGUGUAAACGAAGAGAGAUUGUAUUGUCCUCACUUGAUUAUGAUUGCGUGUACGUUAUAAUAACACAACAGUGAUGUUUUUUUAGCCCAUUUAUUUAUUUAUUAGGCUCAUUAGCAUUUUAGCUGUAACAGAGCCGGGUUUUAAUCGUGUACAUGUACAUAAGUUUAUGUUUCUAUAAAUUGUAAAUUACACAGUAGUUAGUAGCAGCCAUUUAGGCGUUAUGUUUUCUGUUCCAUUACAUUCUUCACAUGCCUUCACAUCAACUUGUUACGUAUAUCUGUAUCACGUAAGUGUAAGAAAAAGAGCAUCGAAUUAUGUUUGGGGAUAGGAGCUUUUUCAAAUUCCCUUUUUUUUAAAUACGAGGACAAUCGAGAGGAAGAAUUACAUCAGCGAAUAGCCGUGCAGGGUUUAAUAGCGCGCUUUUUGUGUUCGCGUCAAUGUUUUUUUCGAUUCAAUUUUGGUCCAUCACGAUGAAGUGAAAUCGGCGAAUUCUCUACGCAUACUGAAACAUCGAUUCUCCUAUUUCAUUCUUUUUUGCUGUCGUUUCCUUUCAAUUUUGAAGGCAGAGGCCAUCAUUGACGAUUGAAAUUGCUCGAAUGGACUAUUUUUUCAUUUUCAUCAUGGAAAUAAAAUAUCCUGGGUUGUUUUCCUAAAAAGCGGUAUUCAAACAGACAUAAGAAGACAUGGUAUUUGAAUAUAAACCACUCCAAUAAAUGAAUGUUACAAUUCGCCGUGAGAAAGGAAAUUUGGAAAUUUCGCUGUAGUGUGAAGAAUAAAUAGAUAUUUUCUCUAUUAGCACUUUGAAAGAGCAACAGACAAACAAAGCAAGAGACAAAGUGAAUAAUGUGCGACUUGGAAUGUAGUAGGCUUCACAUUUAAAUCAGAAGGCAGGGCAAGGUCAUCAACGAAUCUCUCGUACAAACGAACGCAUGCGAGUAGUAAAAGCGUGUAUAUCAAUACUCAAGAACCCGACAAGAUGCAUCUAGUACUAGUCAUGGGCAUCAUUUACGUAAUUUAAUUCAGCUUAAAGCUCAAAUUCCCUUUAGGCUGAGCAAUGAAAUCGGAAUGUUUUAGACUUCCAUAUAAAAAAAAAAUAUUGUUAGCGUUCCCUAGUGGUAUCUUCUGUGAAGGAAAAAAGAAUUGCCACGCUAACUGAACUGGAGAUGGAGUCCAUUUAGAUUGUGGACUUGAUGAUUUUUUCGGAGCUUUUUCACAAGGGUAAGGUUGCACUUUCUUACGGCUGUUCUCGGAUGUGCAAAAUUUGAACAAAAUUUGAGCUUAUAUAUAAGUAUUCUUACUUCUAAUCCGUUAUCAACAAUAAGAUAAGGGAUUUCUCUUCAAUCCGAGGAACGGCUAUGAAAAAAAAAAUAUUUACGAUUUUCUUCUAUCCAUCUUCUAAGCCGAUUACAGCGAUGUGAGUCAACGCAAAUAAUCAUAGGUCGUACACGGUCGUUUGGUCGGUAGAUGCAAUCACACUGUUUAAUCGUUCUUAUCUUAUUCUUACAAAUAUACGCUAUCCUUUCGGUUUUGGCAGGAUAAAAUUUUGGUAUUGAGCUAAAACGAACCAUGCAAUUCCGUGAAUUCAAAGCUUUUAUCCGAAUAAGGACUAAAGACCUCCCAGCGGACAGCCUGGAAAUUUUGAGUAUAUUGUCUUAUUCGAAAGGAUAGUGUAGGGUAAAUGAUCUUGGUUUAUUCAAUUUGGGGUGUUUUCACGUAACUAGUGAAUGCAAAUUUUCUUCACAACAAUCUUCACAACAAUCAUUAUAUGUGAUUGUUAAAACGAGUUUGGGUUUGUUGAAAAGCCGUAAGUCUCUAGUUUCUAAUUUUACCGUAUGGCGUUGAAAUUAUUCAAAUAUUUAUGUUUUUUAACGAUUUUCCUCAAAGAGAAAUUAUGAUCAUGGUUUGUCCAGCUCUGAUCAUGGUUUGUCCGGUUUUAGAAAUCACCAUUUUUGACUGAAAAAAUUCGAAUUUUCAAGUAGAUGUUGCAUGUAUCAUUGCUUGGGUUUACUGUCAUCAUAUUGAUCCAUUCAUAAUUUAGGCUUUCUUCAGAAUGUUGCCUUUUCUUGGGCAUUUUAAAAGUGUUCACCUCAACACACUCAACACAGAGAAACUUUAUUUCUUUCGCGAAAGACACAAUAAUAAACUGCAGCGCGCCAAGCGGUUACCAUAGAAAUCAUGUGGACAAACAACAUUAUUGAAUUGGACCUCAUGAUCAGAAUUAAGUUCAUCAAAAUGCGUUAAUUUAAUGGUUUAGCUAUGUAAAUCUGAUACAAAUGGUGUGCAAGCAUGAUGUUUACAACAUUUGCAAGUGUUAUAAUCCAAAAAAGGUCUGAACACGUGCCAAAUAAUCAUCUGGUGAUUGAUUAAAAGUUAGCUCAAGUGAGGGGCGCAUUGACACCAAUAGCGUGUGUAUUUUUUAAUUCUUCGAAACACGUGAAUCCGUGAAAAUAUACUAUAAAACUACUGUAAAUCAUGAAGAGGACAAUACUCUUUAUAUGUUUUGAAAUAUUCGAAUACCUAAUUUGGCACAGGUGCGUUGAACUCAAGCAUUUAAAACAGUGGACAAACCAUGAUCAUAUUUUCGACUGGACAAACCAAAAUCAUUUACCUUAGUUAAAAAAACUUGUCACAUUCCCAGUUAAAAGAAUAAUUUCAUAGAAUCAAGACAUCUUUGGAUGUGGAAAUUUUGUAUCGAAGCAUGCCAAUCAUAUUUUCCUUGUAAUUUUUUCUACUGCGAGAAUGGCAAAUAAAUCGCUCGAACUCAAAUUAGAUGAAGAUUUCCUCUUCAUCCUCAAUUUCAGUCAGGGCAGUAUACAUCUUUUUGCUAAUCGACCCGUCGAACGCACACUCAUCGAGUCAUGGUUUGAGAAACUUUGCAUGGAGCCGUACCGUGGAGUGGAAGCGAAACGGCUCCGAAAUCUAUACCUCGUGAAGCUGGUGACCUGCAUUCAGUCGGGCGUUCUGGUAGACCACUUUUGUAGCAAACCGGUGCCCGGCAGUUUAGAACCACUGCCAAUGGCUGUCGCUCCAUCGAAUAUGGAUGAGCCCCCAUGGCUGAAGGAUUUCGAGGCCGGUUCGGCGGGUGUUGAUGUUGCGGGUGGAGCGAAGAAUUUUUCAAGCUAUCUGUGCACCAAAAAGCUGGAGAACAACAGAGGGCUUUGUCUGUAUCUCGCUGUCUCUAUGGCAGACGAUGAUCACAAGCCAGAGUGGCUUGAUAUGGUCACUGGGAGGCCACGGCUGCUGUCCGAACAGGACGAAGAAAUCGAAGAGGCUUUCCAGAAAGUAACGACGGCUCCUCGUGACGAGGAUGGUGGACCCGAUGAGUGGGAAGAAUAUAAUGCGCGACUGUUGAGAGCCAUACGAAAUGAGCUUGCCGGGUCGGCUUCUCCCAGAGAUGACACGUACUUGGAACAACUGCUAGCCGAUUUCGGUGCAUAUAUCGCCAACAAAUCUAUGGGAAGGGAACUCGAAACAUACAGCGAUGAUCAGAAACGCUCCUAUAUGUUGGGUUAUUUGGAGAAGAAAUUGGAGCAUAAACCGAACGAUAAAAGGCGAUACGUUCAUUGAGUUGAUUAUAUUUUUAUUGAAUUUAUUUUGAAAUAUACAUUUACUAUAUCAUUGUGAUUUUUGUAUUUUAUUAUGUUUAAUGCUAAUAACGAAUAGAAUACACUGCGUUUCACAACUAUAGAACCACUCAUUUUUUUCUUAGUUUCCAGAGAUAUGUAAGAAGUCGGUUAAAUUGAAGUGUAUUGUGUAGGAUAUAAUAACUAUCUUCAUUUAAAAAACUGGCCGUUUGAACUUUGUUGUUGUGUUCAGGCGCGAAACAAUAAAAACUAAAAUUCCAGAGUUUCAUAACUAUAGAACCAGAUGGAAAAACUCUCACUCCUUUACAAAAUUAACAUCAAAUUCACAUGAAUUACAAUAAGAUUCUAAUUCGUAGGUCAUCUUUAGUUCUCAGGUUUUAGGUUUUGACCAAGCUGCGCCAUAUUGUAGUGUGUAUCUCGUUCUACGCCGAGGAUUCUUCUCGUUUAAGCUCUUCAAAUCACUCAUACUGCUUGUAAACUACAUCUACUAUUCGUACGAUCACUCCUCAUAAGUUCUUGAUAGGGUUUUGAUCUGGUAAACAAACUGACCAGUCCAGAAUCUGAAGCCCCUAUUCAAUAAACCAUGUCUUGACUUUCCGGAUUUUAUGAAUUGAUGCCAAAUUACCCAAUUAUCACGUUAUUUUUGAUGCAAAAACAGAAGUAAAUGACUCUGGAGUACUUCAUUGCACUGAAGAUAGUUAUUGUGUUCUACACUAUAUACUUCAAUUCAACCGAUUUUUCACAUAUCUCUGGAAACUCAAAAAAUGAGUGGUUCUAUAGUUGUGAAACCCAGUGUAGUAGAAAUUAGUUCUACUCCAUUUUUCGAUCGAAUUGAAAAUUUGCGUGAAUUUUUUGAUGCUCUUUAAUAAUGGUUACUGUUCACGGAACCAUUACACACAUUUAAUUCCGAUGCACAUGCACAAUCCACUGUUCAAUCAACACCACUAUCAACGUCAAUCGAACCGAAACCCCUAAACGAAAGAUGCAUUUCCAAUCAGGUUCCUCUUCCCCCAAGUAAGUGAGUCAGGUACGUUGAUUUCUAUCGCUUUUUGGUGUUUGGUUUUUUUCUUGUUACACUUGGUUAAGGUUCACCGGGUGGCUUCGCGCAAACCGCGAGGACGAUGAUGACGAUGAUUCGGCGACGAAGUGUAACGGAAUCGGCUCACUUGUUUCGAACACCAAUGGUGACGGAGGUGGUAUUGCUAAUAUAUGUAUAUUGUAAACGUACGCGGAAUGAACGAAAAGCGCUUACGCAUCCCAACCGCCGACACCCCAAAUCGUGCGACAAUCAACUUGCUUGGCUCCUUUUGGUGGGUUGCGAUGUCACUGAAGUAUUGAAAAAAUAGAAAAGACAGACAACGAGAUCACCAUUCUACGUAGUGCCUAGUUAGUGUAGAAAUAGUGUUCAUCAGAACAAGAAGCAAUUAACAAUGCAUGGUUGCAUGCGUCCAGUUGAUGAUAGUCAUGAGAAACUCCAGUGCGAAUGUUGCUAUGAGCUAAUACGUAAGAGAACAAAAGUAACAGCCGCUUGCGAUGGGCGUGCCUUGACAGGUUGAUCCCCUUUAGGCGCAAUUUGAUCACACUGAAAAUGGAAAUCCUUACUAAUCAAUAGCUGUAUUUAUAGUGAAGAUUAUUUUUAUUACAUUUUUUUUUCAUAUUCGCAAUACGAUUUUAGUUCGAUAGGUUUUAACGCUGGU